GCACUUUAGAUAGCGCAUUGGGUUAUUAGCAUUCUUUCAGUUCUUAUUUGCUGAACACUCGGAACAGAAAAGUGACUUUUGUGAAAUGGGUAACAACUGCGUUGGAUCAAGAAUCUCCAGGGAUGCAUUAUUUCCCACUAUUUUCAGUUCACUUUGGUGGUCACGACCAACAGGGGAUAUGAUUUCUCCUACCAGUAAAUCAUCGUCCAGAAGCCAAGGCCCAAAUGUUUCAGAGACUGUUCAAAACAGCCCACCCCAGGUAUUGAGAAUCGAUAGGAUGGAGACGAAACCAGUAGAGGAAAUAAAACCUCAACCUCAACCUCAAAAACAGGACGAAGCGAUUAAAUCUUCAAAAACACCAAUGGAGGAAUCAACACUACCCCAGUCGGUGAAGCUGAGGCAUACGGAAGAGGGUGGACCGAUUCCGACGAGCGUACGAAAUGAAGAGAUUAUUCAACAAGUGGAACCUACAAAACAAAAGAAGCCCCGCAAGAUGAAAAGGUUUGAAUCGGCUGGGCUGCAAGCAGAUUCUGUUUUGCAAACAAAAACUGGUCAUCUUAAGGAGCUCUAUAAACUGGGACGAAAACUUGGACAUGGGCAAUUUGGAACGAGUUUCCUUUGCAUGGAGAAAGCUACAGGUAAAGAGUAUGCCUGCAAGUCCAUUGCAAAGCGAAAGUUGCUGACAUAUGAAGAUGUCGAGGAUGUGAGGAGGGAGAUUCAGAUAAUGCAUCACUUAGCCGGAUGCCCAAAUGUGAUAUCUAUAAAAGGGGCUUAUGAGGAUCCUGUGGCAGUUCAUGUUGUGAUGGAACUAUGUGCAGGGGGUGAGCUGUUUGAUAGGAUUGUGGAAAGAGGGCAUUACACUGAAAGAAAAGCAGCAAAACUUGCCAGGACUAUAGUUAGUGUUAUAGAAGCUUGUCACUCCCUUGGAGUCAUGCAUCGUGAUCUUAAGCCUGAGAAUUUUCUUUUCGUCAGUAAGGAUGAAGACUCUCCCCUUAAGGCUAUAGAUUUUGGAUUGUCUACGUUUUUCAAACCAGGGGAAACUUUCACAGACGUUGUAGGAAGUCCUUAUUAUGUUGCACCAGAAGUUCUGUGCAAAUGUUAUGGUCCAGAAGCAGACGUGUGGAGUGCUGGUGUGAUGAUUUAUAUUCUGCUAUGUGGGGUGCCUCCAUUUUGGGCUGAAACAGAGGAGGAUAUAUUCAAAGAGGUUUUGGAUGGGAAGCUUGAUUUCUCAUCAGAUCCUUGGCCUAAAAUCUCAGACAGUGCUAAAGACUUAGUGAGGAGGAUGCUUACUAGAGAUCCGAGAAAACGGAUAACUGCUCAUGAAGUUCUUUGUCAUCCUUGGAUACGAGUUAAUGGAGAAGCUCCAGAUAAACCUCUUGAUUCAGCAGUCUUGAGUCGCCUGAAGCAGUUUUCUGCCAUGAAUAAGCUCGAGAAAAUGGCUAUAAGAGUGAUUGCAGAGAAGCUCUCCGAAGAAGAAAUUGCUGGAUUGAAAGAAAUUUUUAAGAUCAUCGACGCAGACAACAGUGGUCAAAUUACAUUCGAAGAACUAAAGAAUGGACUGAGAAGAUUUGGUGCUGAUCUGAAUGAAUCGGAAAUACAUGAUCUAAUGCAAGCCGCAGAUGUUGAUAACAGUGGAACAAUUGACUACAAAGAAUUCAUAGCUGCCACAUUGCAUUUAAAUAAAAUUGAGAGGGAAGACCACCUGUUUGCAGCCUUCUCAUACUUCGAUAAAGAUGGAAGCGGGUAUAUCACACCAGAUGAGCUCCAACAAGCUUGCCAAGAAUUUGGCAUGGAAGAAAUCCACUUAGAAGAAAUUAUCAGAGAAGCAGAUCAAGAUAACGAUGGGCAAAUAGAUUACAAGGAAUUUGUGGCAAUGAUGCAGAGAGGCAACACAGAGAUGGGGAAAAAGGGUGAAAGGGGUAGCAAUAGAUUUAAGAUUGGAUAUAGAGAGGCUCUGUCAGUGUAUUAACAGAGGGGGGAAUCAAUUACUUUUUGUGUUCGUUAAUGAUUUACCAUCUCAUCCAAUGUUCAGGGCAGGUUGGAUUAUUAUGUAUACUUGUGGAUAAAGU